AACAGACAGAACAUCAACGACUGAUGAUUCUAUAGUCUUUAAUAAGUCUUCAACAUUAAUAUAUGAACCUGUUGUUAAUCGAGCACGAAGGAUUCUACUUAUUUUAAUUGGCAUAAUACUUGUUAUUGGCUUUAUGAGUUUCAUAUUUAUUCUUCAUUCAUAUACAACUACUACCUCACUUCAAAGUUACCUUCCUAAUAAUAGUUCUCAAUUGGUAUCGAUUCUUAUUUAUAUUGUUUAUUAUAGUUUUGGAUUAUUAGUAACUUAUCGUUAUUAUCAAACAGGUUUACUUGUCUUUGCUUGGCUUGGUUUUGUAUCUCUUCUUUUAAUAAUAAUUAUUGCUAUGGUUAUUCUAAUUGGAAUUAUUGUUGCAGUAGUACGUUUAGGUUUUGUUAAAGGAAUAACUGCUGCUAUAAUGUUUAUUAUUAUCUUUUUCACAGCUUCAUUACUUCAAAUUUUUACUGUUCGAUACACUUUUAUAUUAUCGAAAUUAUUGAAAAAUACAAAACGUAUAACUAUUGAACAGAUCUGA